UCCUGUCGGCUGCUGGAGGAGAGACUCGCUCAUCUCAGACAAGGAACGCGCGCUCCGUUGUGUUGUCCACGGCAACCGACACACGUUAUCGCUGUCAUUGUUGUUUUCCAGCAAAGGGAAUCGUGGAUUCUAACGGGUCGCUCUGCAGGCAUGUCAAAACUAAAGCUAAUAUCUGCAGCAGACACUCAGUACGCAGCAUCUCUGUUGAGGUCCAUCAAUGAUGAGCGGCACAGCGGUUUAUUCUGUGAUGUCACCAUAAUCGUGCAAGACCGCAAGUUCAAGGCACACAAAUGCGUGCUGUCUGCCUCGAGUACCUAUUUCCGUCAACUUUUCUCAGUUGCUGGACAAGUGAUAGAGCUGAACUUCAUCAAGGCAGACAUAUUCGAUAUGGUCUUGAAUUACAUAUACACUUCUAAAAUCUACAGAGUUCGAUCAGACAGACUUGAGGAUCUCAUCAGCGCCGGUCAGGCUUUGGGCGUGACGUUCAUAGCCAAUUUAGGAACGCCGCUCGCACAAGUCAAGGGAUUACCUGGCCUGUCCAAAGAAAGUGACAACAACAGCAUUGGUUCCUCUGAGAAGAAUGAGACCGGAGGUGAGAAUAUGCCGAUCAUCACUGAGACGUUCUCACUGUCUGCUGAAGAAUUCAACAUGGCGUGCGGUAAUACGGAAAAGGAAGUGGACUCGGACAGCGAUGAUGUUCUCUUCGUCUCAAAAACAGAGGCACCUCAAGCUCAAAAGACCAAGAUAUCAGAUGUUAAUGAUAAAGAAGGAGGACCAGAGGCUAAAAAACAAAAAGUCACAAACGAGGAAGGAAUUGCCUCUAAAGAUUCAACAGCCCAAGAGAGUAACAACAAGAUUUCUUCUGAAAGAGAUACGUCACUCCUAAAUAACCUUGAGCCCCAGCCAGACGUUGUGCUCCUCUCGAACCCAGAAGCCAGUAGCAGUGUUCUCACUUCUCCAGUAAGAUCGAGCUCAAACAGCGAACCCACCACCCCAGCUGGCGUGAGCAGCCUUCCUUCGGAUCCUCACAGCACCUCGCUGCCUCUAGACAACAACGAAGUGCUCGGAGUCCAAAAGAAAAAGGUCCUUCUAGAGCACUCGCCUGAUCAGCCCGGAAAAAUCAGACUGUCGGAUGUAAGGCCGAUGUAUAGCACCAAUAACGGUCCAGUACCAGCAAUAAACAUGGCCAUGACAGUGUUGGGGAAAAAGACGAUAACAUUAGACAAAGCCUCGGAAAUCGAUUCGCUGUCGCCUGGUUGUAAAGUGUAUGCCAACAUUGGUGAAGACACCUACGACAUUGUUCCAGUAAAAGAGGAUCCUGUGGAGGGAUCGGCUCCUGGUAGAAAAUCGCAAAUCCCACACGGUGUUCCCAGUGUGACCAGUCACUCACCUCGAGGAAAGAAAAAAUUCAAGCUGGAUCAGGAGGAUCACUAUGAACUUAUCAUGGAUGGAAAGACCUUUUACGUGUGUAUUGUGUGCAAGCGUCCCUAUGUGUGCCUGACGAGCCUCAGGCGGCACUUUAACACUCACUCGUGGGAACGGAAGUAUCCGUGCCAUUACUGCAGCAAGGUUUUCGCCCUGGCCGAGUACAGAACCAAACAUGAAAUCACUCACACGGGCGAAAGACGCUACCAGUGUUUACUGUGCAAUGAAACCUUUCUCAAUUAUCAGAUUUUGUCCACCCACUGUAAGCAAACGCACAACCAGGACCCGUCGGGAAGGAAAGAGAAAGAUGAUUCAUGCAACAACUUGUAUCGGCUGCUGCCUUGUAAAACAUUGCAGUUCAAACCAUAUUCCUUUGUGUCCGAAGAGCCGGGGGAGAUUCCGGUCAUCAGUGAAGAUGGGACUGUCCAACAUGUAAACCCAGACAAAGAGCACUUUACCAACCAGCCACUUGCAGCUAGCCAAAGCAAAGCAAUGACCUGGGACGACAUCUUUGUAGAAUCUGAAGCACAAAACCGACCGGCGGCUCACGUUCGACUGGGUCCACCUUCACGACCUAUCGACCAAAUAAAUGCCGAAACCAGGAAUGAAUUUGAGUUUGUUAUACCAGAGACGUACUGAGCAUGCUUGUGCACUGCUCUGGCACAGGUGCCUUGUUUGUGUUUUAAUUUUUUAGUCUUCUGGACCCUUUGAUUGAAAAAUCAAAGUAUCCAUCAACUCAUGAAUGUUUUUUCAAGGUGCUUUAAUGUAUAUUUAGAAAAUGUAUUAGUGUUGGUUUACAGUUCAGUUUCACAGUCCAUUACUGAAUCAUAAAACUGCUUCGUCAGAUAAUAUUACUAAGUAGACAAUGCAUACUUUAUGUACAGCUACAUUAGACCUGUGUAGAGCUGAUCCUUAAGAUUUUCUAUUCCCAUUUAUAUUCCAGACAUUACAACCCUGCUGGAUGUAAUUAGUAGGGAUCAAGUACUGGCUGUUGCAGUUUGUUACAUUUAUUUUUACAAUUCUGUACUUUUGAGAGCGUUACAUAAAUCCUAUCAAAAAUCAAAUGUAACUUAGGAGUCAGCAAACUUAAUUA